UUCUAAUAAACAAAUAAACGUUGUCGACACAAAAGGAAAUAGAAAUACGAACCGAGGUGUAGUCGUGUAGAUAGAAAGAGUGGGGAAGUGCGGAAGAAGAUUAGAAGACGACGAAAAUGUCGGGGGAGAUGCUGUCAAGGGAGCAGCUACUUGAACUCUUUCAACGCUUCUCUCUUGUCAUCUCUCAGCCUGAUGUCAAGAAGCGAAUUGCAGAUGCUGUUUUGGAUAAUCAGGAAGCUGUUGCUGUUACCACUGCAAUUCAAGAGGAAAUACUUGUUGAUAUGGGAAUCGAACCAAGGUUCGGCCUCGCUUGCUUGGGAAAGGUUAACAUGGCCUAUGAAAAUGAUCAGGAUUUGAUGAUUCAGUUUUAUGGAUUUGUCGCAAAGGAAGAGUUAGCAUGUGAAGAAGCUGAACUUGGACCUGAUAAAUUUGCUGAAAAAUUGCAGCUGCAGCAAAAGUUACAAGAAGCGCAACUGGAAAUGCUUAAGCAGAUCCGGAACUAUCAUCUAGACGACCAGUCUCUAAUUCUUGAGAAGUUGCAUCAGCAGAUGGAGAUGAACAAUUUUGAUAGUGAGAUGUCACUUUUGUCUCUAGAAGAGAUCCAGGAUAUUGUUCGAAGGAGAGUGACACCUGUUUAUAGGCCAAGGCAGCCAACCAGUUGAUGUUAUCAUUCUUUCGACUUCCUUGCUCGUUUAGCAAACUACAUGGUUACUUUGAUAGAUACAAUGGCUGUUUGGUGGUCAUAUGAAAAAAAAAUUCCGCUGUCAGUGUGUAUCUUUUUGUUGAUACUUUCUGUGUAUUCUGUUUAGACUAUAAUUCCUUUUCUGGGGAAAUGCUGGAUGUAUUUAUGAUUUACAAAUGGAGAUGAACCUUAUUGUGAACCGGCAAUAUAUGAUCUCUGCUGUGCUAA